ACGGAAAUUGGUGUAUCAAGCGGCAGCCGUGAUGGAAGGAGGCAGACGCGCGGUUGAUGGUUACGGUUUAAGGGACGGUACGCUUCCACAUUGUGCGCAUUUGUCGUGCGAAGGGUCUCCCACGAGUGGCAGGUACCUCAGGCACUUAUGAGAUGCGGGCGAGCAGUAUCAGCUGACGAAAUGGUCCUGCGAAGCGGAGCCAAAGGUAGCAUCCUCGACUACACUUCCCGGAGGCAGUACGACGGUGAUGUUGGCUUGAGGAACGCUCUGAUACGCGAUGGACUCGUCUUCGGUGCCGAUUUGUACCGGAAAGACCUCUACGCGCACUAUGGAUGCGUCAACGCCAUCGAGUUCUCCAAUGACGGAGACUGGCUCGUCUCGGGGGGAGACGACCAGCGGGUGCUGUUGUGGAACGUGCAGGAAGCCAUCUCGGGGCCAGGUCGGCCGCACGCCAUGAAGGGGCACCACAACAGCAACAUCUUUUGUCUGUGCUUUGACUCGUGCCACAAGACUGUGUUCUCAGCCGGUAAUGACGAGCAAGUUGUGAUACAUGACGUCGCAACGGGUGCCACUAGAGACGUGUUCUUGCACGACGAAGCAGUGUACGGCCUGUCGGUGCAGCCCGGCAACGACUUUGUGUUUGCCAGCGCUAGCGACGACGGUUGCAUUCUUGUGUACGACGUGCGGGAGCCGAGGUCCUCGGAUCCCCUGCUCUUGGCCACCUCGGCGUCACCCUUCCACGCCGUCACGUACAACCCGGCCGAGCCGCGGCUCUUGGCCACUGCCAACUCGCGGGAAGGCGCGGCCCUCUGGGACGUACGACGCCCGCGCCGCUACUUGCGCUGCUAUGACGGUGCCAUGUCGCAGAGUGCCAUGAGCGUGCGCUUCAACGGCCGGGGCACCCAGGUGCUCGUCCUGCGGAGGCGCCGGCCACCGGCCGUUUUUCGGCUUGAAGGCCGGCAGCCCCUGGUACAGCUGGACCACACGGACUACUGCAACUCCUGCACCAUGAAGAGCUGCUGCUUUGCGGGGCAGCGAGACGAGUACGUCAUGUCCGGCUCGGACGACUUCCAGCUCUACGCCUGGAAGCUGCCCGAUGACGUUGAGGAGAGUGCAGAUGGAAAGAGCAGCUGGGUGAGGCAGGCUCACCUGGUGCUGCAGGGACACCGGUCCAUAGUGAACCAGGUGCGCUUCAACAAGACGGCCAUGGUCGUUGCGUCGUCGGGUGUCGAGAAGAUGAUAAAGCUGUGGAGCAGCCUGCCGCUCCCAGGUGGCUCGCAUUGCAGCCGCUCCGAGAGGAGGCGCCGCCGCUACACGUACCAGGAGUACGUGAAUCUGGUGCUGGAGAGUGGCCAGCUGUCCAGUCACGACUACAGCCACAAGUCGGUGGAGGAAGACCCUCGCAUGAUGGCCUUCUUCGACACCUUGGUUGAACGAGAUGCCGAGGGUUGGUCGUCGUCCGAUUCAAGCCAGUGCAAUAGAGUGAGGACUUCAUCGUCAUCAUCAUCGUCAUCAUCAUCAUCUUCUUCUUCGUCGUCGGCGUCGUGCGACUCAUCUAGCGACGAUGAAGAGACCACUUUGCAGCUGCUGCGUCUUCACCAGCUGCGGCAGCGGGUCAACACGUCGGACAGCGAAGACGGCUGGGUGCGAUCCAGCCCCACUCUACCGCCUCCAGGAGAACCAGAAGAGGAGCCGCAGUCCAGCCAAGUAGCGGGCGAAUCCAGCAGCCCCACAACCAGUGAGCACGCCAGCAGACCAGAGUUCAAGCGGCCCCGAUGCGGCUUCCGCAACCAGCGCUCGUACAGGAAACGACGGCGGAGUGGCAGCUCGGACAAGCAGUGACCACACGGAGGCCAAGGGGGAUCAAGUUUUUUUUUUUUUUUUCGGGAAAGGGGGGUCGCCAUCUUAACAGAUUUUUAAUAUAAAGAAUAACUCGCGGUCCAACUACAGGUCGGGUCGCACCUUGAAGCCGGGCCCCUUCGGCGGCUCUGUGAGCGACGUCAGGCCCUUGGCCGGCUCGCAAGAGAAGCGGCCGCUCCGCGGUCCGGGCUUGGGCCUCUCGCCGCGCUUGAAGGCGUCCAGCAGCUCGUCGACGUCCUUGGCCUCCAGGUCUUCGUAGUAGUCGUCGUUGACCUGAAUCAUAGGCGCGUUGACGCAGGCGCCCAGGCACUCGACCACGCUUAGGGUGAACAGGCCGUCAGAGGUCGUCUCACCCGGCCGGAUGCCCAGUUUGCGCUCGACGCACGCUUGAAUAUCCUCGGCGCCGCGAAGCAUGCAGGGAGUCGUGGUGCACACCUGGACGUGGUAGCGGCCCACGGGCUGCCGCAUGAACAUGGUGUAGAAGGUGGCCACCUCGUAGACCCGCAUGCGCGGCAUGCCCAGGUAGUCGGCCACGUAGUGCAUAGCUGUCAGCGGGAGCCAGCCGUGCUGUCGCUGAGCCAGGUCCAGAAGGGGGAUGACCGCGGCGUUCUUGUGGCCUUCCGGGUAGAUGCUGGUGAUCGCCUCGGCGCGCUUGGCGUUCUCGGGCGUAAACUCGAACUUGACCUUGGCGUUGUUGCGCUCGUCGUCACGAUGGACGAACAGUUGGUCGCUGCGAAGAGCCGAAGAGACGGAUACGUUGCGAGGGCCCUGCCGCCAAAGUGAAGAUGCCCGCACGGCCAACUGGCUGGCUCGCUGCAUCUUGCUUGUUUUCGGAGUGCGUGUGUGUAUGUGCGACUUUACGGUGCCCUCGCUUACCGAGAGCGGUACAGUUUUUCGCGUGCGCUAGUUUAAAGAGUAGUUGAGCGUUUGUUGCCGCCGCCGCGGUUAACGGGAAACGCGAGCGAUCACUCGCAACAGUUUAUGCAGUUGAGAACCGUUUGCCUUUCGAACGAACCUUUGCAGAUGAUUGCUUCGUCAGCUUCGUGUCUUCGGUGGACGUGCGAAUAGUCCGGGUAAAAAGGCGGACGUCGACGUAACGGGGAAGAAAAAAACAUGUAUAGUAAUGCAACGGUUGAGGGCCCGUGCGUGUAAAAUGCUAUGUUCUGUCGAGCCGCGGCGCUGCUGUCGCAUUCUCUCCAAGCUGUCUGCUCCGGGGACGGUGCAACCCGAAUUUUGAUUCGCUUCCUUGUUUUAUGACUUUUCUCUAAGUGUGUGUUUUUGCUGUCUCCUUGUAUGUUUGGCGUGUUUUCUUUGUGAAUCUACAGUGAUGAUUUCGCGAGAAGUGUAUCAUGUGAAGCUAUUGUUAAUAAAGGGAGAGAUGUUUCCGA